UAGAGAUACAUCUGCAGAAGCAACACAUGGCUAAGCUCAACCAACAAAAGCAUUUUGUUCUAGUCCAUGGAGCUGGCCAUGGGGCAUGGUGCUGGUACAAGCUCAAGCCACUGCUAGAGGCCAACGGCCACCAGGUCACGUCACUUGACUUGGCGGCUUCCGGUAUCAAUAUGAAGCCAAUCCAAGAAGUUCACACACUUUGUGAAUACAGUCAGCCUCUGUUGGAGUUGUUGGCUUCUCUUCCCCCUGAUGAAAGUGUUAUCCUCGUCGGACACAGCCUCGGAGGUCUGAAUUUAGCUCUUGCGAUGGACAAAUUCCCUCAGAAGAUUUCUGUUUCCGUUUACCUGACAGCUUUCAUGCCGGACACUGUCCAUCAGCCUUCAUAUGUUUUAGAUCAGUACAACGCAAGGACCCCAAGUGAAGCAUGGCUGGACACUGAAUUUCUACCCUACAGCAACUCUCUCCAGCAUCUAACUUCAAUGUUUUUUGGCCCAAAAUUCAUAUCCUGUAAGCUCUAUCAACUAAGUCCCACUGAGGAUCGUGAAUUAGCAUUUACUUUGGUGAGGCCAUCAUCACUUUUCCUGCACGAUUUGUCCAAUGCAAACAAGUUCUCUAGCCAAGGAUAUGGAUCAGUUAGGCGAGUGUUUAUCAUCUGCGAAGAGGACAAAGCAAUUACAAAGGAGUUUCAGCAAUGGAUGAUUUCAAAUAAUCCUGUUGAUGAACUGAUGGAGAUUCAAGGUUCAGAUCAUAUGCCUAUGUUCUGUAAACCUAAUGAAUUGUGUCAUUGUCUUUGUGAGAUUGCCCAAAAAUAUGCUUAAUUAUCUUAAGAUCUUUUUGUCAAAUGUCAUGUAUGUGAAAGUUGUCCUCUAAAUAAAAAUGUGUUGGUUGGUAGUGUAUUAAUUAUUUUGAAAA